AGUGGUGUCGAUCAGACAGGGUUCUCUAAACUUAAAAGUAAAUUUAACAUCAGUCUCUCCUUUUCUAUCUGUAUAGAGAAUGACAGAGAUACACUGUUGUCAAAUUUAAGUUUAGGUUUAGAGAAUGAUGCCAGAAUUGAUACCAAUAUAGAAUAUAGAUAAGGUACUAACUUUAUUUUGCUUUGUUUUCAAGUGAAGUUUUUGUUUUUGAUUUGGGUUCGUUAGAAUUUGAGAUUUUUGCGAUAGCUUAUGAGUAAUGAGCUGUAAAAUGAUACCCACUUACUAAAACAUUGAUAAGGCCUCUUUGUUUAGGUUCGUGUGUUUUCUAGAAUGUUUAUCGUGCUGAAAGAUUGCGCACAGGGUACAAAAAGAAAAUCACUUUCUUCAUUUUUAUCAGUUUUAAUGUAAACACAGCUGUGAACGUUCUUUCCUGAAAUAUUACCAAGAAAGGCAGUAUUUUGCAGAAUUCUCUUUAAAUUUACUUUGUCUGUAGCAACAAGAUGUAUUGUAAAGUAUGUGGACCAGUUGACGAAGUCUAUGAUGAAAACUCUGAGGCACAUCAUCCGCAUACCCCGAAACAUAUCUGCAACCAAAUUCUUGCAGAUUACUCAAAAAAUAAGAAAGCUUUCACAGGUAACCGAGAUGGCAUUCGGAUUUUGGCUAAUGCUGAAAUUGAGUCAAAAGAAGGUUCUAAGACAGUGACUAAAGCUACAGAUGAUGCUAAAAUACACAUUUGUAUCAAACCUGAGCAAACUGCGAAGUUUACUUUCAUCAUUAUGAAUGAUACCAAGGAGGAUGACAUGUUAAUUGUGGGUUUUCAGUUGGCACACCCGCAACCACAAUUUAAAAUGAAUAAACAUCCAUAUAUCAUAGGGCAAGAUCCACAUAUCUUAACCAAAAAAUCUUCUGUCAAGGAUGAAAUAUCAAUAAGAUUUAAAGUGGAUGAUUUUGGAACUUAUGAAAUGCCAAUUAUGUUUACUUUUCUUCGGUUGAGAGAUGAGAAAAACCUUAUUUUUGUGAGGGAACUGAUGGUGAUCGUACAAGACCAACCGCCAGCAUCUUAUGAGAAAAUACUAUCUCCUUAUAGAGAUAACUUUUGGACGAAAGCAGAAAAUUUCAUUCAUUCGAUAAACAAUGUACCGAUACAGAGUACUUUCAAAAUACCGAAAACUUUGAAAGUCAUCUUACCACGUGGACUGGAUGAGUCAGCACUGGAAGGUCUUGGGCUUCCACGCAAUGAAUUUGAUAAACUAAGGCUUAUCCUAAUAGACACAAGAGCUAUUAUGGAUGAAGGCAUAACUAAAGAUAACUAUAUGAUUUAUUUUCAUACUCUUUUGUGGUGGGAGGAAAUAAUAGCCAAAAUUAAUUUAAGAAAAUAUAACAUGACCGGUGUGUCUUUGAUGAAAGACUCUAAAUUGGGAUAUUUGUUGGAAGUGCCUGGAUUAUCUGAGAAGCGGCCUUCGUUAAUGCGUGGUGAUAGAGUGUAUCUCAGGCCAAAAGAUGACGAGACUAUACUUUUUGAAAGCAUAGUCAAGGAUUUGGAAGAUGACAAAGCUCGUCUUGGUGAUUUUGAUGAAAGUUUCCUUAAUUACUACACCGAAACGGCUGUGUUUGACGUACGCUUCAUAAUGUCACGGGUGCCUAUGGAGCGUAUGCAUGAAGCAGUCUCCAGAUUGUUCUCAGCCAAACAAGAGUGCCGUGUUUUCCCCGAGCCAAACAAGCAGAAGUUUGCCGCUCAUCCCAUCACUAGUUAUUAUAAUAGAUUAAUCGAAAGAAACGAAGAACAGAGAGCUGCAGUAGAGCAUAUUGUAUCCGGUACUUCUGGCUUUGCGCCAUAUAUAGUCUUCGGACCACCGGGUACUGGAAAAACUAUGACCAUUGUAGAAGCUAUUGUACAAUUAGUAGUCAAGAAAGCAAGACAUCGUAUUUUGGUUUGCACUGAUUCCAACAUGGCUGCCGACCACAUAGCCCUUAUGUUACAUAAGUUUAACAAACAGCUAAAGAUCAGCAACUUCCUAUUUAGGGCAAAUUCUCAAAACAGGGAAUGGUCGGUGAUGCCAACAGAACUGCAUCCAGUGUCAAAUGGCACUAACUACGAGAAUUUCUAUUCAGUUAAUAAUGAAAUGAUGGCCUCUUACCGGAUUGUGGUCACCACCCUAUCUCAUGCAGCCAAAUAUUCUUCACGGCGUAACCAACAGGUGCACAAGCUGCAGAUGAGCCACUUAUUCAUAGACGAAGCCGCGCAAGCUUCGGAACCGGCGGCUUUGAUCCCUAUAACUGGCCUAUUGGCGCCCAACGGCCGCUUAGUUCUGGCCGGUGAUCCGAAACAAUUAGGGCCAAUGUGCAUAUCGCGGGAAGCGCACAAUCGCGGAUUGGGCAAGUCGCUUCUUCAGCGCCUGUUGGAGACAUAUAGCAACUUGUAUCAAAACGACCCCCGCUACAUUAUGAUGCUUGUAAAAAACUUCCGUUCAGAUCCUGACAUAUUGAAGCUUCCCAACUCGCUUUUCUAUGACGACAAUUUACAGGCCCUAGCUAAACCAGAUGCAUUGAGCAAAAUAAAUAUAUUGGGUCGGCCCGGUGGCGAAAGAGCUGUAAUUUUUCAUGGUGUAAAUUCAGCGGAACAACGUAUGGGUAAAGCUCCUAGUUAUUUUAAUGAGAUGGAACUGGACGUAUUAAAAGUUUACAUUAAGGUUUUGACUGAUAAUCAUAAGGUGCUACCGGAAGAUAUAGGUGUUAUAGCUCCGUAUAUUCGACAGGUGUAUAAAAUCAAGGCUUGGCUCACGGGAGUGAAGCUGGAUAAGAUUGACGUGGGUACCGUAGAGGCAUUCCAGGGGAAGGAGAAAAGAGUCAUCCUGGUAUCCACGGUUCGCGCCAACUGCAAGCUUCUGGACUACGACGCCAAAUACGCGCUAGGAUUCUUGGUCGACGACAAAAGAUUCAAUGUGGCUUUGACUCGGGCCAAAGCUAAAAUUGUCAUUGUCGGCAACCCAGCAUGCCUCACGAGAGACAUAAAGUGGCGCCGUUAUAUCGACUUGUGCGAUGAAUACGAUUGUUAUUUGGGCAAAGAGUCUCAACAACUGGAAAGAAACUCCAAAAUGCUCAUAGAAAUCGCAAGAACCAGGUUUGACAAAUGUCGUCUCACAGACGAACUGAAGAAGGCAGCAAAGAAUAAUGACAAAAAGUAACAAUUUAUUUUCUUAUUUUAAAAUUAACUUUUUUUCUUCUUCCUGUGCUAAGUUUAAGUAUUAAAAGAUUGUGGCCCACUUACACCAAAGUUCUUAAAACAAUUAAAAAGGUAAUCAUAACUAAAGUCGUGUUGUUUCCUCUAAAGUUAAAUUUGACUAUAGUUAAAUCCUAUAAAAAAAUAUAACCAUUUGUCAAAAUUUAUCAAAUUUACUAUGUAUUUGACGUAUCAUUAAUUAUUAUUAAGAAUUUUGGUGCCAGUGGCCUAAUUUGUUUUUCUUUAAUGCUAGUAUAUCACAUGGUUAUUCGUAUUUGCUAUUUGUAUAUUUGACAGCAGUAUAACCUUAUCAUGUUUUAUAGGGUAUGAAAAGGACAAAAUGCUGUCAAAUUCACAAGUAGCAAAUUGGAAUAGCCAUGUGAAGUGCCACCAUAAUGUAAAAACUUUAAUUGGAUUUCUAAUGCUGUGUACACAUCGGUCCGACGUGGUUUAUAUCCGGUUUCUUCUUUCGUGCACUCAAAUGUAUACAAUAUAAACUUUUGAUAUACCUGUUAAUAAAAAUCGGGCUACUAAUUUUAUUUCUAUGAAGUGCAGCCAGCAACUGAUCAAGCUAUACACAACGCACAUUUCUUUAGCUGGCUUGAGCUUUAUAAAACUAGAUUUAACGUUCACAUUCGAUUGAGAAAAUUUUACAGUUGAGCAUUCGUUUGAUUUUCUUUCUAAGUAUUCUAUUUUUAUGACGUAUUUUUUGUGUUAGUAUAAAUCAAGUAUCACUCAUAAAAAUACGUUUAAUUUUAAUAAUAUUCGGAAAUCUAAAAGGUUUUUACAGUUGAGGUUUCAGGUUCGGGCAGCCUAUGUGUAUACAGCAUGGAACGAGAACUAUACUAGUAUAAUACGUUAAUCACUUUAUUUCUAAGAUAGUUUCUAUUGAUAUACCUUUAUUAUUAUUAAAAUUUAUAUACCUGUCAAAGCAUUUUUUCUCUAUUAUGAUAAUUAUAUUUUUGUUGACAUUAAGUUUAAUACGUGAAAUUAUUAAUACUAUUCAUUGUUUGUGUACUGUACGUACAGUGGUACUGUGUUACUUUUGAAAUAUAUCUUGAGACUUAUAGUAGGUACCCCAAAGCAGUUAUUAGGCCCACUUGCAGCAAAUUUGCUAAAUCUCGAUUCAACUAAAACUAGAUAAAACCUAUAGAAAAAUGUCAAAACGUCAAUAUCAAUUAGACAUUAUUGUAUGGGCUAAAUCGAGUUUAAAUUAAAUCAAGAUUUAGAAAAUUUGCUGCAUGUGGAUCCUAAUCGGCUAGGCCACAGUGAUCAAAUACCACUAGUACGAACCAAUAUCGAAUUCGAAUAGUUAAUUUCGAUCUUGACACGCGUCAAAUGUUUAGAACUUUUGUAUGGAAAUUCGAAAAGCGCCACAACGGACGUAAUGUGAAUUAAAAAUCUUCCAACAACAACAACAACUUAUGACGUUAGACGCUUAAAGAGAUCGAAUUCAAGUAUUCGAUUUCGAUAUAAGUUCGUGCUAAGGGUACAGUCCGCAUAACUACAUUAAUAUAGUUUUAGGUGAGGUGGUACUACGUUGAUGUUGGCCUUGACAUUUUUAAGGGAAAUAUUUAAAUGAUCACUAAUAAAUACAAUUACAAUCCUUCAGGUUAGGUUAGGUUGGUAGUUGUAUUUUUUAGGGUUCCGUACCUCGAAAGGAAAAAACGGAACCCUUAUAGGAUCACUUUGUUGUCCGUCCGUCCGUCUUUCAAGACCAUUUUUCUCGGGAACGCAUGGAGGUAUCAAGCUGAAAUUUAUAUCAAAUACUCGGGUCUACUGUGAAAAAAUCAAACUUCCACCCUUUAUGCCUUAAAAUUUUCAAAACUCGAAAGGGAAUCAAAACCUAUAGGGUACUUCCCAUGAACUUAGAAUCUUGAAAUUUGGUACGAAGCAACCGUACUUAGCCCUACUUUUGGUCUUAUUGCACAGAUAAAGGAAAAAUUGCGAAAACCGUAAAUAUACUUAAAGGUUUGUACGGAACCCUCGGUGCGCGAAUCCGACUCGCACUUGGCCGUUUUUUUUUGGUGAUCAUUUACUAUUUCCGUCCGCGUAGUGAUUAUUGGACCAAUCUUCCUCUAUCACUGUUUAUCUAUAAGGUUGGUGCUUAAUGCAUCGGAGACAUUAAGAGGCUGUUGAUGAAAUAUAGUAUUUUUUAUUAUAUUGUUAUUUUAAGCAUUAAAAUUACAAUAAAAGAUGUAUUACUUGAUAAAUAUAUUAUAUGAUUGAUAAAUAAUUUGUGAUAUUAUACAUAUAAUUCAAAGAAAUAAUAUUUUUUGAUUACAUGUUUACAUUUACUAAAAUGGUAGGUAUUAUAAUAUCCUAUGUCGUAGUUAAUUGUUAAGCGCAACAGUUUUUAAGGUCAUUUGAAAAAUGUUUAACUUUUUAUCGCUUUUUUAGAAUAGGGAUGAUGUCGGGAUAAAGUAAACUUAAUUCUAUUAGGUCUGUCAGUGAGAUUAUCAAAAAUAAUGGACACGUAUUUUUUCUUUUGUCAAUCAACCAAAUAAUGACAUAGAUAAAGCGCGUCAACGCGUGACGUCAUGAGCCCCCACCCCUAAUGAGUACAAAAUUUCCUAAGACGUGACGUCAUACGAUACGAUACCGAUUAUAAUAUAAGACAACAUAUCUACAAUUCCAAAUAAAAAUUUAAGUA